AUGGGUGUGGACCUCAAAACCUCGACCAAACAGCAAAGUUCGCUAACGGUCGUAGACUCAGAUUCCUACUUAACAUUCAUCGGUUCUUUCUCCGACGACCAGGGCCUCUUCGAAGUAGCCCAACGUUUCAAUCCACAGUUUAUUGCAAUUGGCAGUCCUCUCAGUUUGCCAACCGGCCUCUGUUGCCUGGAACCAACCUGCGAUUGCCGGAUGGAGUCUCCAGACAGAAAAGGCAGGCAGGCCGAACUGGAACUGGCACGCAUGGGAAUAAGCUGUUUCUUUACUAACAAAGGAUCCAUCAUUCGCAAGCUGGUGUACCGGGCCGUAGCUUUGAACCAGGAAUUGUCGGAAUUGGGACACCGGUUGAUUGAAGUAUAUCCUCACGCCACCAAGGUAGUGCUUUUCGGUGACAAAGUGCCUUCCAAGAACCGGCCGGAGAGCCUGCUGUUCAUGAAGGAAAGGCUCCCCAAUUUGAUUGACGGCCUUGACCCUUACAUGGAUGUUCUGGACCGUAGUUCCUGCGACGCGUUGAUGAACGCUCACACGGCAAUGCUCCACGCACGCGAAGAAACUGACCUGGUCGGGAGCGACAGUGAGGGCUUCAUCGCUCUACCAAAGCUUGUAAGAAUUUAG